CAAGUGCAACAUUUAGGACCCUAGCUGCUAGCUAGUCCGCUACCUCUAGCCUAAAUCCUGCAGCUGAGGAGGUGCCAUGGCGUCUUCAAGAAGCCUUCGUGCAAUUUGCGCCACUUGCAUUGCUGUAGGGACUUUGCACAUGCUUUCAAUGGCGUUCAGUACCACCAGGACGAGGAUCACGCGUCGUGCUGAGUAUCAAUCUGGCAAAGUGAACGUUGGUGCAGAGGUUUCAGACAUGGAGGCACCGCCACCGCCGCCACCCGUUUUGGAAUGUGACGAAGGCUGCAUGACGGCGAUUUUUGAUUGUCUCGACGAAGGCUGCUCAGUGGACGCGCUGUUGAAGCUCGACCAGAAACUUGCAGAGGAUGAGAAGAAAAUCGUCAGCACAGUGAAAGAGAUUGAGACAGUGCAGAAAACCGUUGCCUGUCUGAAGAUGGCGGGUAAAGAUGGGGUCGUUUACCUCCUAGCGUCAGCCACGGCAAAUGGAUGGAACUUGUUGCAGCUUGGACUGCUGACUAGUCUACCAACUCCUCCGACGAUCUUAGAAACCGAACAGAAGCAGGCCCAAGGGACCGAGGCGGGCCAUCCCGCCCGGACCCUGGGCUUGGAAGCAACAGAACUUGGGACUGGUGGAGUGUCGCCUGGGAUGGGCCCUCUGGCGAUACUGCCAAGGGACAGGCACUUGGAGCGAUGUGACACGCUUGCAGGGGCAGAGGCCUUUCAUACCCGUCUGGAAAGGGCCGGGUACAGGAACACCAUGGUCCGCCUUGUACAUCCAGCGCGAGGACCGGGAGGUCAACCUGCAGGAACUAGCAGGAAGGGGCCCCUGGGGACGGUGCGCGGUGAUCACAAGCUUUUGCGGGAUACUUUGGUGCCGCUGUUUCGGCCGCAGCAUGGCGAGAUGCGGCCGAGCUUGGUGCUGGUGUCUGUGGUGCCGGUGUUGCCGUACGAGGCGGAACUAGGCCCCGCGGGGCUGCACUGUCAAGCGGACCAGGUCGCUCUAGACAACUACGGCAAGGUAGUUCCUCUUGCUGCUGGACCAUGCAGAGACGUGGCCCGAGGUUGUCCCGUUGUGCUUCUACAAGCUGACCGAUCCAACAGCUGUCUUGAUGGAUUACCAACCACUGAAGGCGGCGAUCCCUGCUUUCAUGCCUGUGAGUACCACAGGUCCAUGUACCAGGGCUCGCUUCUGGGUCGAGCAUGUGCGGUGCAGGGGUGCCUGCAUCCAGUCACAGGGACCAGGAAGGGGGUCAACUUUUGCAAGUUGCACGGAGCCACAGAGGAGAAGCCCCGGGCCAAAGCCGCGCCUAGGGCACGCGAAGCUUCACCGCCCCGGGUAGAUACCGACCAAAGGUCAGAGACCGCGCGUCAACCAGAGAGACCAGGAGUCAACGCGAUGCAGGGUGCGGUGGCUGACAAGGCAGACCUAGCCGAGCUCCUGGUCGAGCUGCUCCAGGGCAAAGAGGCAGAGGAAGCGUAUCAGGUCCUCUCUGCCAGGAACCCGGGGGACGUCAAGUGGAAGCAUCCUGGGUUCCAGGACUCGCUGACUUCCCUGGCGAAGGCCUAUGUGCAACAACACAAAGACUUGGAAACGCGGGAAUCACCCGCCUGGAGAGCACUCAACCGCCUUGCGCAUCCCCCUGCCGUCUGUCAAGAACCAGAAUAUGACCCCGUAACUCGGAUGCUGGAAGCCACGUUGGAGAGGCCUACAGAAGAAGAGAAAUCCGACACGCCAGCCCCACGGCUGGUAAGGCCGGCCUCGGCUCCUGCGAGCCAUUUCCCGGGUCCUCGCACCUCCGGUGAGCUCGCUGCGAGCUUGUUUCGCCCCAAGAGCGAGAUCGAUUCUGUCCUGCCGCGCCCGAGGCUUGUUUCGAGCCCGGGAGCGGUUGGAACUUUCCCAGGAACGCCCGGUCCAGCAGGUUCCGUAGGGAUGCAGGGUUUACACGCCUUCCGACCCUUUCAUGCUGGAGCCUACACUGAUCCGGGACCUCCGGCCCUCGAUGAAACUUCAAAAGUUCUGCAGACAAUCGCAAAAGUUAUGGCGGCGAAGGAAGACCCAGCUGCCCAAGAUCGAGGGAAGCUGUCCUCGAUCGGCAGAACAGAGGAGAGGAUGCUGUACCUGGCUAGAGGGUGCGACACGCUGACGGUGCACCUUGGGGAAGCCACGGUCGGAAAGGAGCUGUACCACGCCCUAAAGUCUGUAGCGACGCAGAACCGGCCCUUGUUGAGAGAAAUCAGCUUCCCGGUCAACAUUACCAACCGCAUCGCCUUUGGGGCCGCUUCCCUCAGUUUCGGGGGCAAAGGUAAUCCGCCUGACUAUUGCCUCACUGUGGCCGAUUUUGCCCAGACCUCGGAGGAGGAGUUUGACUUGUUUAGCCCGCCUGGGGAUAACAAGCUGGAAAAACGGGCGCGGAACCCUACUACUCUGUCCAAUUGGUACCGAAAUGCUCUACGCCAAGCUUGGGCCAUGGCAUGUAUCCUGGGGGCAGAGUACUAUGGCAGUUGGGAGAAGGCUGCGGCACAACUCCUUAAGUUUGGGGAAGAAUAUGCCCAUGCGUGGCCGUUGCACUCGGUCAUGAGUGUGUGGGAGGAGCUCUGGGCUCGCUUCACGGAAGAGUUAAGAGCGCUCGAUCGAAGAGCCAGGCGGGAAAUGCAAGACGAGAGCCCUAGCUUUGACCGUCUUCGGUUUUUCGCCACCUCCCCCGGGGACAAUGGCGAACCCUGGCUCCGGCUGCCUCAAACUUUCGACCUUCAGGCACCAGGAGAGUACUUCCAAACGGAUAUUGUUCCUCGCCAACAGCGCAUGUUGGAUCGUGCUUGCUGGUCAAUGGCCCUUAAGAGACCGUCCCCACUCACUGGCGGACGAGCUGGAGCUGAAGAUAUCGGCGGACCAGACAAAGCGCAACCGGCUGCUCCCAACCCUAGGAACUCACGGGCUGGAAGCAAAGGGAGUGCCCCUGGCGCUGGCACCGCCGUCAAGGAACCCGCCCCCCUCCUGGGAAAUGCUUUGACCAGCAAGGAGGCGGGCCGCUCCAUGGAUCACCGCCCGAAAGACAAAGACGGGAAGUACCUGUGUUGGGAUCACUUUUCCCACCGCAAAUGCAACAAGGGAAAAGAUUGCCCGCAUUCGCACCAUGGCAACGCGCCACGCUGGGAUACUCUCGAUUGGAGCGUGCAGAUGCAACUCUUGCGACGAGGCGGGCAUCCCGCCCGUCCGAAACUCAGAGGAGACCAGGUGGACGCUGCCAUCGAAUCCAUCCGAAAGGAGCAAGCCCAGAAGCUAGAGUCCAACAUUCAGGAUGCCUCGACCCAAUACCGGGAAGACACCCGAGCUGGCUGGACCCCAGCGCCAGCGGCGCUAGCCAAUUUCGCCGCCACUGAUAUGGAAGACCCCCUUGCUCGACUUAUGACAGGAGAAGCUGCUGCAAGUUGGACUCUCGACCACGCGCCCCCCGCUGUGCGCACGGUCACUUACCGGGAGCCACCAGACUCUGCCACGAUCCAAGCCAAGCGUCACUGCAUGGACGAGAUUGACAGCUGCGGCCUUCUCCCAGAUCUACCCCAGCACCUGGGCAUCUAUCUGCGCAACCGGCUGACAGCCGUCAAUGACCGGGCUCCAAACGCUCACGAUGUUCAAGAAUUCCUUGAGGACGCUAUUCGAGAAGGCAGUGCAGAACUUGCUUCAGAAGCUACUGACUAUCUCCAUAAUCACCCUGACACGCAUGUUGGGUCGCGAGAGGGACGCGGAGCAUUGGGGCAAUUCUCAGCACACGGCUUCGACGGGUACUCUUGGGCGACCUUUCGCUGGAGAGACGGUGACCAUGCGGUCUAUGACUACGGCGACCAGCUCGCACCCGUGCAUCCUGAGCUGCAACCUCUGGAAUGCCCCAAACCAGAGACGGAGCCCCGACAGUGCUUCUACCUGCAUGUGGCCGCUGGCCUUCUGGCCCAUACCAUGAAUCGUGUGCCUGCUCUCUCCGAGGUCCGCCUCAAAGCGGCAGCCUUACAGGAGGAAACUUUCCGCCUGGCGAUGGCUUGCGCGGACAACUUGGGCCCGGAACCUGACGUUUGCACUCAAGCUGAAGACGACUUGCGCAUCUUCGUGCACGACGCCCUCUUCUUCGGCCACGACAAGGAUUACCGGUGCCUGGCGGCCUUUCCCUUGGCAGAGGCCGCGGACGUCUCGUUUUGUCUUGUCCGCAUGGACGCUUGGAACCGCCCCUCUUGCGAAGUCAUUCAGGGGGCCCACAGUCGUUCCGACCCGAAGUCCCUUAUCUGGCUCCUGGUUCACCAGGGCCACAUGCGGUUACUCCUCCCGGAAGUCACGACUUCUAUCCCGGACAACGUGCGGAUUGUCACUGCUGCUGGCUGGGAAGUCCACCUGGAAGCGGCCGCCGAGCACGGGGCGCGUCAUCGCGCCCGUGCCCCGAAACCAUGCCCGCGCUGCCAAGAUGACCCUAUGCACCGUACCGGCGUCACCACCGGGGUGUUCGGCUUGUACCCUUUUCCCGCUGAGCCGGCUGCCUUAGAUUUCCGGGCAGGAGCAUCUUGGUGGGAAGUCGACGAACCCCCCUCCGAACAAUGGGCCCGCGAGGACCUGCAGGAGCUCUUCCCUGGCCAACGACUCCCUGAGCCAGGCCAACCGCUUCAUUUUUUGGGUAUAUACGUUGACGCUCUCGGUUGGGACAACACCCCGGACGCGCCGGUUGGCGCCGCCCUUUUUGUCGGUCCGGCCACUAGCCGCAACUUCUGCGAUGGCCGUGUGCGCUCUCUUCUUCGCGCAGCUCUCACUCUCUUGCGCCCUCGCCACGUGUGGGUCCUCCUGCCCCGCACGGGCCUCGGCCGCGGGCCUGAGUCUUCCACCAGCGCCUUGGGGUCUUCUGCCCACCAGCACCUGCAAUUUACGCUUGAGCUUGGUCAGCAUCAGUUGAACCUGCCCGGGCACUUCACUCUUGUUCACCCUCUGACCAGUCCCGUGUGGAAAGAUCCCGCGGCCAUCCAGCUUCUUUCGCCAUUUCACCGGGUUCGCCUUCCAGCUUCGCCCGUUGACCCCAUGACUGCGGCGCUUUGUGGACCGUCCCCGGCCGCCUACUUGUGCCUGAAAACCACCUCUUCGGCGCUGGCUAUUGCCGUUGGGUCGCCCUCAUCGGAGUUGCCGCAUUCCUCUCCCCUCGCCUCCGUCCUCUUCGACGGCGCUGAGGCGUGUUUCGCGCCCGGCGCCGGCUUGCGACGGGCGGGGGGCGCCCCCUUUGUGGUUCAAGGGGGCUGCACUUCCUCGGGGGGGGGAGGGGCCUCUUCGUUCUCUAACUUGGGCAAAGACUUCCAUGGCUUGAAAGGCCCCCUGGCGCGGCCGCUAGACCCGGCAGUCGAGCAGGCGACAAAGGAAUAUCUGGAUUUCUUCCGAAACCGAGCUUUCUCCGCUGAACAUUUCGCGUCUGCUGCUCAGAAAGGAUCGGCUCUUCUGGCAGCAGCCGGUGGAUGGCAAGAAGCCCUCCGGGCUAUCCGCAGGGUCUGGGUGCAGGAACGAGGCGAUCACAUGUCUGGUCUGCACAGUGACUUCUUUGAGGGGCUGGUUCACCCGGCAGUUUUAGAAAGGGCGAGGCAUGUGGCUAUCUGGGGAGUCGAGGCAUCUGCUGACUUAGAGGAAACUACUCGGACCAAGAGUGCGCCUCACCCGAGCUUGAAGGAACACCUCGACGAAGCUGCUGCGCAACUCUGGGACGACGCCAGCAAAGGCCGUUCCCUGCUCUGCUUCGACACCGGCAAGGGCUUGGAAGGGGUUGUGUCAGUCCCAAUGGCCAGGGUCCCCAAGAUGAAUCCAGACCGCACGGUCUCCGAUAAGGGUAGGGUCAUCUGGGACGCCACGCCGGUGAACAGGUACUGUCACAAGUCCCGGCACCCGCCUGCGCUCCAACCACGACACCAGGAGGUCGCCAGAGCAAUACUGUGGUGGAAGCUUCGGUACCCUAGGAUCCGAAUCCUGUUCAGCAAAAAGGACGUAUCCGAAGCCUUCAAGUGGAUCCCGGUUCGGCUAGAGGACUCCAAGCUUUUCGCUGCAGAUCUUCCAGCUGAAUACAGCAAUACUCAGGAAGGCAUCACCAUAGUCUAUGGGUUUUUGACUUUUGGCUGGUGCGGUGCGCCCGGAGAGUACAUGCACUAUGCUUGGGUCAUUAAACUGGCUCACGAAGCCUUCGCGCCCGAAAACUCCAGGUGGGAGGAUACAGUCCCAUACCAUUCUUUCGUCCUCAUGGACGACACGGUGCUGAUCGAACCCGAGAUUGGGCUGAGACCGGAAACCUCGGUGGCACUGACGGAGCAUCUGACUCGUGCUGUUCUUGGGGAUGCCAGCAUCAACGAAGGAAAGGAUUGGCUUGAGGGACGGUUGGAAACUCGCAAACUUAUUUGGGGGCUCAUUUACGAUACCCAAACCAACACCCGAAGCCUGCCAAGUGCCAAGCUGGAGAAGGCGUAUCACCUCCUGCACUUGCCUGACUUUGACAGUGGAUGCACUCAUGUCUCGCUGCGCCUCAUCCAAGAAUUGAGAGGCAACCAGCAGUUUUGGUUGGCGGUGCUCCCGGGCCUGAGCCCGUAUUUGGGGUGUACAAAUGACCUCCUUGGCCCUGCGGACCCGCAGGGCCAGGCUCGAGCCAAAGGGGAUGAGAAGCAACAAAGAGAGACUUGGAACCGAUUUUGGGAGGCUAUUGAGCUUCAACGUUUGUUGGUGGACGUCAGCGCCUCUUGGGAGGUACGGUUCACUCACCCGCUCAAUGCGGCCCUCUCGAUUUCGGAACUGCUCUCCUUCCCAGGGAUGCAAUCCCAGGUGGUUUGGGCCUGUGGAGAUGCCACUCCAGAAAGGGUGGCGGCAGUUGACUGGCAUGGAAAGGUAGCAAUUGUCGAGCCCGCGAGCCUCGUUUGGCAACGGAUCCGCUACUUCUGCGGAGGGGAAGAGGGAACUGACGAGGAGCAGUCGGGACCGUACUCCGAGGAUCGAACCGAUCCCGAAGAUGGUCUUCUGAUCUCACUCGCCGAGCUCCUCGCCGUGGUGUCACUCGCCUGCACCCGCUGGACUGCUUGGAGGGGAAAGAUUGUGAUUUACGCGCGGGACAACCAGAACGUUAUCUCCUGGCUUGAGAAAAGGCAGGCUGGGCCCCCUGCGGCAAGGUUCCUGCUGCAGUUGCUCGCAGCCUUGGAAACUGUCGGAGGGUUCAGGCUGCAUGCGAGCUAUGUUCGGACAUACCACAACCAGGUUGCCGACAGCCUCACGCGUGCCGAAGCACAAAGCAUUCUGGAGGAACAUGGGCUCCGUAAGCUCCCGUUCUCGGAGGUGCUCUUGGGGACUCUCGACAAAGGUUGGACUCGAAGGGCCCUCCUUUGGGAUGGAAUGGACCAUGGAGAUAAGGCUGCAGCCCUCCAGUUAGGGCUCCGAAGGCAUCCAGAGGGUCCGAAUAAGCACCCGUUUCCGUUGAAAGAAGGUCUGGUGUGCGCUGAGAUUGGAGAGGCCGGCCCUUAUGAAAUCGAGCUUGUCUCCAAGGGGCUUAUCGUCCAGAGACACACCCUGGAAGAGGCAAGCCACCGAGAAUGUACCCCGGAGCGGUACGUGUGCCUUUUCCACCCAGGCGGCAGAGGCGAAGUGGCUACGGCUGCUCGCUUCGCCGAGCUUGCUGUGAGGUGGGAGCCGGAAGGAGUCUGGGUCGAUUCCAUCACCUCUCAUGGCCCCAGAGCAGCCGAAAGAAUUCUGGAGGAUGCAGGAUGGCAUACCCGUGUCUUCCAAGUCAGCGGCCGCACUCUCCAGGAUCAGUGCUGGUGGAAGCGAUGGAUACUGAUGGCGGUUCCCGCAGAAAAGCGCCUGCCUCCAGCACCCUGUCUUACGCUCGACGCGGAACCCGCUACGCCACCCUUGCACACUUACCCCACUGAAUGGUUGUUGGAAGACAAGAAGGUACCAGACGCCACCUGGAAAACUGGUCGCCUGAAGCUGGACAGCGCUAUGCCGCACCUGGGUCAGGCUACUCCAAAGCCUCGAGGGACUCUGCAAACCCCCGAAGGUAGGCGUCAUGUUUGGGACCCUUUUAAACCGCUCCCCCAAUUACAUCAUGGGUCAUGGGGUAAUGACAAUAAAGAUUCUCUUUUGUUGCUUGGGUACAGUGCUAAUGGCCCCGCGGCGCGCACCAUCACGCCCGGGGAGGCAUUUAGGUUGUUAGGUGGUAGAGCAGAACAACAUCCCAAGGACACCCCCUCCACUGAACUUGCCUUGGAAAGGCUCAUGGGUACCCCCCGCAGCCUGGCUCUGGUAGCGGGCCGUUGGGCGAGCGCUCUGGGGACGGAUCGGGGCGCCAGCGGUAGUUGCUUUGAGCCCGAACAGUCCAGCGCUGCUGAGGCGAAGGCUGAAAGUCGGGAGGCGGACGAAACUCCCGAGGCUUGCUUCGAGCCCGGGAACUCAGAUUCUGAAAGAGUCGGAAUUUGUUCGCUCCCGUGGGAAGAUAAGGCGCGAGCGGCGCUCAUGGCCUGGCUCCAAAGCAGAGGUUGGGAGGUGGAGCGGAGGGCCGGAGGCACCAAGCGCCGUAAGAAAAAGGAAGAGGACUGGAGUACCCAGUUCUCGAAAGCCCUCGCCUCCUGCCUCAGACACGAAGCAGGAAGUGCCGAGUGCCACAUCACGGAGGAUGGAUGGGUCACGAUGGACCACCUGAGAGGGUACCUCCGUGCGAAGCUCCGAUGGCCGGAAAGGUACCUCACUGAGGAGGCGGUUCGGGCCGAAGUGGAAGGCAACUGGAAACAGCGCUUCGUGGUGCGAACAGAUGAGAGCACCGGAAGGAGCUGUGUGGCAGCCUGGUCCGGGCACACCAUACCAGGGGUCGUCGGACCAGGAGUGUUGGUCGAACCCUCCGAAGUCCCUGCCCUGCUUGUGCAUGGCUCAUACCACAAGCACACGGCCAGCAUUGUGCAAAGUGGGCUGUCAGCAAGCCGCAGAAUGGUUCACUUGGUUGACCCGGAACGGGCAUCAAACAAGUGGAGGGCCGACCUGGAGACGAGAGUGCCCGUCGAUACGCGGAAAGCCCAGGAGGCCGGAGUUUCUUUCAGAGUGACGGGUAACGACGUCUGGCUGGCCGAUACCGACAUCCCGCCUGAAGCCUUGGGAAAGGUCGUCGCAUGGACGACUGACGAUUUUUGGUUCGCUUCGGAAAGCACUCGUGCCCGAGCCCGACCCGAGCAGGCGUCGCCAGUGCCCUUCUACAAGACAGGCGCCGCGGGAGCUGCAGGCUCUGGCUCAAGGCUCCCCGCCUGGCCGCCCGGCAGCCUUAAGCAGGAACAGGACCUAAAGGAGGGCCUUGCUCAGACCGCGACCGGUUUGGCGUCGGCUGUUGCCGGGCUCAAGGUGGAAGAGGGAGAAGAGGAGGUCCAGGUGAACCCACGAACCUUGGAACCGACCGUCGUCACGCUCUCCGAAGCAGAUUGGAACUUAUCGGAAGAGAGUGACACGGGCCCGGAAGAGCCCCCAGCACCCGCGACCCGAACAGUGAUGAAAGAAGGCGACCGAGGAUCGGCCGAGGCGGAAAUCAAGCUCAACCCCGGCUUGAUUGAGCGGGAAGAAAGGCAAGAAGUUGCCGAGGCGCGCCUCGCGCCCGGUACCACCUCUGCCGGAUCGAGCUGGAAACCCACGCUGGUGAAGGAGCAUCAGGACCCAGAACACGGCAAAGGGCCUUCCCAGCUGGAACGGGUCAAACCUCCGCCCGCAGAGGAUUCAGAGGAGGACUCGCCCAUCGGGCUCCCCGCAAGGUAUCGGCCGGUUGGUAGAGUAGAGCCCGGGCAACCCCAGGAGGAGCGAAAACUGGUCCCGGCGCAGGGUCUCAAGCUUGGCACGGGAAAGGUCAAACUGCUCCAGGCCCUCGCUGAGGCCGACACUGCCAACUGGGAGAACCUCCAAAGUGCCUUGAAGGAAGCGGAAGGGUCGGGAGGCGAGAAAGCGGCUCUAGUUGAAGACCUGGAACGCCUCACCCAGCAGCGAAAGGAAGCCGCCGAAGGAAUCAAGGAAGCCCUUGAAGCUGAGACGCACAGGGUUCGCCAAUGUGAAGAAGAAGACUCCCGGUAUCUGGAAACUCUGGAUAGCCAGGGCGAGUACAUGAGAAAGCUUGAACGAUUCAACCCAGCUCGACCCUCCAAGACCGCCAAGGUCCUCAGUUCGGACCGUCUCACUUCGGAAAUUGAAGCAGGAGUCAGCGUCUGGGUGGCGCGCCGCCGAGAAAAGGCGCGUUUGCGGGCCCAGGCUCACAGGGAGGGACUUCAGAGAGGCGCCCCUUCGGAAGGAAGCACCAAGCACGAACCAAUCGAAACACCCGAGGGAGCCGAAGAAGCACGACAGCAGGCGGCUCGGAGGGAAAUAGCUGAGUUUCGGGAACAUCUGAGGGAACAAGGAAGGGGGGCGGCGCCCAAAUACCGUAGGGCACCGGACUCCCGCCAAAGAAAAGCCACGAAGAAGAGAAACCGGGCUGCAAAGGAAGCGGAAGCUCGGGCUGUGCCGGAGGGAGCCUUGUCGCCCACGCGCAAUGAUGAUGCGGAGCGUGAUACCAACCACGCGAUCGCACAUUUCCAUGGGCAAGAGAACGACCAUGCUAUGGUCCUCGCUGGGGCUAGGUUGCCCCCAAAUUUAAUUUCCGAGGGGACAGUUCUGCUCGGCCUCGUUCUCCUCACCGGAAUUCUUUUAGGCCUUGCCUGGGGAUCAUGCCGAAACAGCCUUGCCCCCAGUCCCGCAAGGACCGACCCAUUGGCUCUCUCGCCAAGGGACAACCUUCCCAGAGCCCCCCACCGGCAUGAAGUUGCGGCUGGCAGGCACGCCUCAACCAGUAGCGCCACGGAGGUCCACCGUCGCGGUAGCCGAGGCUCGACUUCGAGCCCGGCACCGGACAAUCCUCGGCGAAGGAGCCUGCGCCCGUCCCAAAGGGGUCUUGACCGCCGCAGAGCAAACUGGCACAAAGAAGGUUGCCCCCGCACGGAUGCUUCUACCCUUUGGCUUGAAGCAUGCCAAGACUGCGUGACCAUCUCCGAAGUCGAUGACUACCAGGGGAGCGUGGAAGCCACCUGGAGCGGGGCCCGCUGGCACAAACCGCGGUGUGGGCAUACCCGAGGAAGGAACGUGGUGCGAUUCGCCCCUUGCCAAGAGUGUGCAAGAGUUGCCGCACCGUCCCAGUCUCGUGGCUCGAUACGAGGCCCAGGGCGCAACAACGAUGCUGAAAGGGACACGAAUCACGCCAUCGCGCAUUGGCUCUUGCUGGCGGUGGCACUGGGUCUGUACCUGGCUGGGGUCUGCUGGCACUGGGGUGAACCUUGCGGGGACCCACAAGAAGGUCAGGAAAAGACCCGUGUGGGGGGUCCUAGGGGCCGCAAGGUCCGAUUCGAACCCUACCACGAGUCCCUCGCGGCUGCCGGAUCUCCCACCAGUCAAGCCACGGGUAAGAAACAGAGUCUCGAGAAGCCGAGGCGGCUGGGUAGCCCUCAGGCUGCUAGGGCGGCGCAAGGGACGACUGGACCCACGCUGGGCCUACGCUUGAAAUGCAAAGAAGAUUAUCACGAGGAAGCCAUUCGUGUCGCUCUUGAUCGCCUCGCCAUCUCCACCCGGCGGACUUAUGAAUCUCAACUUAAGUGGUGGAGGCUUUUUUGCGCUCGUAGAGGAGUCAGUUGGAUUCUCACUGGCCCCUCAAGCAAUAAGACAGAAGAAACACUCCUCAUCGACUUUCUCCUGCACUGUGCCUGCAAUGAAGGGCGCGCACCGGGAACGCUGAAGCUUCGGCUGGCCGCAGUGCGCAGCGUCCACCUUUCGCUCGGCAUGGAAGAUCCCUUGGAAGGCCGAGGAAGAGUUGCCAUGGCACUGGCAGGCCUACGAAGGCGUUACAAGGUUCCUGAAAGGAGGGCGCCAGUGACCCCCAGGAUGCUCAACUAUCUGCAUGAUCGCCUCCGUGGCUCGUCUUCGAGCCCGGAGUCUGUGCUCCUGUGGGCUGGGAUCUGCCUUGGGUUCUUCUUUCUGUUGAGGGCCUCUGAAUUCCUUCCCCUUGGUUACCUUCCUCUCUCGAGACACCUGAAGGGCCACCAGGUACUGCUGUACUCCCAUGGUAACCUGUGCACUAUCAGCAACCUGGCAGAGGCCGAUGAAGUUCGGGUCAAGCUCGUCGGCAGCAAGACCAAUUACAACUUGGAGACAAAUCGCAAUCACUACCGGACUGGAAACCAAGUCUGCCCAGUAGAGUCGGUUGUCCAGCUGUUCCAGAAAUUUCCGGAGAGAUAUCUGGGCGGCUGCGAAGCCACGGAGCCACUCUUUAGAACUCCCUCGGGAGAGGGAAUCCAAAGGGAAGCGAUUCAGAUGCUGCUGAGAGAAGCCGCUUGCCAAUGUGGUGUGGGCGGAACAAUUGGUUCGCACUCAUUACGUUUUGGUGGUGCAAGCGCGCUAUGGACGGCAUUCAAAGACGCAUCUGUUGUGAGAAGGUUUGGACGUUGGGCGAGCGACGCAUUCCAUUCCUAUUUGUGGGAAGACCGGGAAUAUUCCCGGGGAAUGGCAGCAUCUAUGUUGAACACUGACCUAGCACCGACGUGA